ACAGCGGUGGCGGCGGCGGCGUCCUGGACUUUGCAUCAUUCUCCAUUAAGAUGGCUCGGAUGACCGUCUUUGUCGAGAUGGCAGUCCGCGACAUUCGCGGGACAAAGCGGCUCAUAGUCGUCAAGUCCACGGAACCCGCCAAGCUCACAUUUGCCUCCACAGACGGUAUCGACGCGCUCGACGUGAUAGAGCAGUACCACAUCAAAAAGCUCAACAGCACGUUCAUGCCGUUCAUCACACGUGGACAACUCCUCGCGCGCGUGCAAGACAGCGGCCGCAAGCACUAUCGCCCCGUUCUCGAUCUGCAACAUGUCAAAGACAACGCAACGCUCAUCUACCACCCGUGCACGGAAAUGCAAGCCGAGCUGGAAAAGAACAAGUGCUUGACGCCAGCGAUCGCGAAAUCCCCUCCGCGGGAGAUGAAUCAUACCCCGACCAAGACCCUGAAACGAAAAGAUCGCACCAUGUCGGACGACCGCCUUCGUGCGUUCAUGCAGCUGAAUUCAUCGUCUGGAUCGUACGGCUUUGACCCCACCGAGAGUUCCCGCGGGUCAGCUGAUGACCUUAGCGACGACGACCUCAUCGACUCCCACGGACAGUUCAUGAAGCCAAAGCUCGCCAAAUCGUCUUCGAAAAUUCGCGACGUCCACAAUUCUCCCAUGGCGUCCACUAGUUCGCGCCAAGCAUUGCCACAGGUAGACAUGCUUUCGCGCAACUUUGCCCAGCUCGAGAUGCCCGUCGAUUCGUCCGACGACGAAGCGGUCGCGUUGUCCGAGAUUGACAACACCGACAUCUUUAUGACCUACCACCCCCGCCGCCAUGGUGUGCCCGCCAUACCCGACACCGUCCACGACGACGUGUUCGUCACGUCGUCGUCGCGCCCAUCCAUCAACAGUCCAUCCUAUUGCGACUCGUCCCAAAGCACAAGCCCGUGCUGUCUUUACGGCGGCUCGUGCAAGAGCCGUCCAUCGCUCGAAUCCACCGCGCGCACGUCGCGUCCGUCGUCCGAUUUUUCCAUGUCGGAUGUCACGCUCGGCAGCUUCGACGAAACGAUGAGCUACUUCUCGUCGCCUUCGUUCUCGUACCGCGACUCCGUCCGCAGCAGCUCGUCCGGGAUGACCAUCAACGUCCGGUCGGACUUCGACUCGUGCUAUGUUCUUGGCCACCAGCUCGGCAAGGGCACGUACUCGACGGUGUACGAAGCAUGCUCACGGUCGUCGAUGUCGGAGAAGGUUGCCGUCAAAGUGAUCGAUAAGGUUGACGUGCACGAGCCGCGCUUCCUCUUCCGCGAGAUCGACAUCAUGACCUCGAUUCACCACUCGGGCAUUGUCGAGUUGUUCGACGUGUUUGAAACCGCGGAUCACUUGUACUUGGUGCUGGAACUGGCCGGCCGCGAGCUGUUUUCGUACAUCGACGAGCAUGGACCGCUGUCCGAGGCGCAAGCCCACGGCCUUAUCCGCAACCUCCUCCGCACCGUGUUGUACUUGCACGAGCGCGGCAUCGUCCACCGUGACAUCAAGCCCGAAAAUAUCCUGCUGGCGCGCAGCGGCAACGACGCGACCACGAUCAAACUGUCGGACUUUGGAAUUGCGCGUCGGCUGCAUGGAUCGUCAACUCCCCAUACGAUCCAAGAAGACACUGCCCUGCACAGCACGACUCCCCGCGAACGCUUUGUCCGCGCGCACACGCAAUGCGGCACUCGCGACUACAUCGCGCCGGAGGUCAUGUCCGGCAAGGGCUACGGGCUCGAAGCCGACAUGUGGAGUGUCGGAGUCGUGCUGUAUGUAAUCAUGUCGGGGUAUGCCCCGAGCUUCACGCCAAACCACGACCUCGUCUUCAACGAGUCGUGCUGGGACGCCGUGUCGGCCGGCGCCAAAGACCUCAUGGGCCGCCUCUUGGUCCGCAACCCCGAGACCCGGAUGACUGCAGCAGAGGCACUGCAGCAUCCAUGGCUCAUCUCUCACUAGAAUCCCCCAUCCCGUAGGACUCCUAUUAUUAUAAGAGGCGUGCAGUGCGCAUGGCCUCAACACGACUCUAUUUAAGUGUGA